AUGGCUUCGGGACAACAACCAAUUGCUACGGUUUACGUCCGUAAUCUGGAGGAGCGCGUCAAGCCAGAACCGCUCAAGCUAGCGCUGCAUACCAUCUUCUCCGAAUAUGGCAACGUGAUUGACAUUGUGGCCAAGACGAACCUCAAGGCCAAGGGCCAGGCCUUUGUUGUUUUCGACAAGCCAGAGUCGGCACAAGCCGCCGUCGAGGAGCUCCAGGGUUUCGAGCUCUUCGACAAGCCAAUGCAUGUUGCCCUGGCACGCACCCGGAGCGAUGCUACGGUUGCGCAGACGGGCAACGAGGAGGAGUUUGAUGCACACAAGCGCCGGCGCAUGGCGGAGCGAGACAAAAAGAAGGCCCUCGAGGCCGCCGAAGAACAAAAGCGCCUCAAGCGUCCCCUGCCAGGCGCUGCCGCCGAAGGGGGCGCCCGACCAGUCAAGGCGGCCCGCGGCGCAGGCCUCAAGCCCACCGGAGCUGGACCCGCGGCUGUGGUGCCCGACGAGUACCUGCCUCCCAACCGGAUUCUGUUCGUCCAGAACCUUCCGGACGACUUCGACAAGGACACGCUUACUGCAAUAUUUGGCCGCUUCGACGGGUUUCGCGAGGUGCGUAUGGUGCCUGGUCGCAGCGGCAUCGCCUUCGUCGAGUACGAGGCCGAAGCCGGCGCCAUUACCGCCAAGGAGAACACGGCUGGCAUGCCACUAAAGAAUGGCGAGAAGAUAAUGAAGGUGACAUACCAGCGACAGUAGCCUUGGUGGCAUUAGGACCAAGUGUCUCUGGACGGCUGUACUUCCUAGGUAAGGCGUUGAUUGACGCGUGAUCGAGGUACAUCAAAAUCAAAAAUUCACGGAAGAAUAUGAUACCCAAAUUCAGUCAAGCACCCAAGCAACU